UCCGGUAGUUUCUGGGUAAAAAGAACGGAUACAUCGCCAAGAGGAGGAAUCCACCCGCGACAAAUGCACAAUAAACAAAGAGGCCUGUGCUCGCACACCUCAAAUUGCAACGAGGAAGACUAUGCGUUAAUUGUCCGCAUCUCUAAAAGGCGUUUAAAUGGAAAUUCAUUUUUCGAAGCUGCGGUCCGAGAGAGAGCUGCUUGAAAACAAACGAAUAUGGGCUUUGUUAAAUAAUGAUGGUCUGCGAAGGCUUGACGAAUAACGGUGGCAACAAUGGUGACACGCGUGCCCUCCUUUUCAGGGGAUAAUGUUUGCUUUUUCAUCAGUGGGUGGCUAAUAAAAUGAUGAACAGCACGGAGGUGCCAUCAGAGCUGCCGGAUUUGCACAAGCAAGUGAACUUCAAUGGCACACAGGCGUCACACAGCCCCCCUAUUUGGGCAGUCGUCCACACGGCCACCUUGACCUUUUGCUCCCUCCUUCUCAUCUUCAUCUUCUGCCUGGGCUCCUAUGGAAACCUUGUGGUGUUCCUGUCCUUCUUCGACCCGGCCUUCCGCAAGUUCCGUACCAACUUUGAUUUCAUGAUCCUCAACUUAUCCUUCUGUGAUUUGUUUAUUUGCUGUGUGACGGCUCCCAUGUUCGCGUUAGUGCUUUACCUGGAUGCUGGUGGCGUGGAUGGCGUGUCCAAGAGCUUCUGCUUCGUCUUCCACCUGACCAGCUCGGGCUUUAUCAUCAUGUCACUGGAGACGGUGGCGGUCAUCGCCCUGCAUCGGCUGCGCAUGGUCUUGGGCCAGCAGCCCAACCGUACCGCCUCGUUCCCCUGCACCCUGGCGCUCACAGCCCUGUUGUGGACAUCCAGCUUCACCAUGGCGGCCCUGCUCACCAUGCGGGUGUAUCCACGCAGGGACGGUCCCUGCUUGCCCCAUUUUGGUCUAGGAGGGGGUCAGGCCGGGUUGGUGCUGUACGCGUACCUUGCUGACUUUGCCUUUUGCGUGGCUGUUGUGUCUGUGUCUUAUCUGAUGAUUGCCCAGACCUUGAGGAAAAACGCUCAAGUGAGGAAGUGUCCCAUUAUCACCGUUGCGGCCACAUGCACCCCGCCCCUGCCACCUCUGCCAGCCACCGGCUUCGAGGCGGUGCAGUGUAGUGCCCAAGGCCCCUUGUACCGUAAUCAGAUGUAUAACAAGUUACAAAACGUUCAGACGCACUCUUACGCUACCAGGACCAAGCCACCGGUGGUCCCAGGGGCGGCCCAAGGAGCCACGUGUUGCCAGCUGGUCUCCACAGUCAACCUGGCUACAGCCAAGGACUCCAAAGCGGUUGUCACUUGUGUUGUUAUCGUGUUCUCAGUACUACUGUGCUGCCUGCCAAUGGCGAUCUCCUUAGCGCAGGACGUUCUCACGCCAGAAAGCAGCUUCGCACAUUACCAGUUUGAACUGUGCGGCUUUGUCCUCAUCUUUCUCAAGUCGGGCAUCAAUCCCUUUGUGUAUUCGCGUAACAGUGCCGGUCUACGGCGCCGUGUGCUCUGCUGCGUGCACUGGGCCGCGCUUGGACUGCUGUGCUGCAAACACAAAACCCGCUUGCACGCCAUGGGAAAGGGCAGCCUGGAAGUCAACCGGAAUAAAUCUUCGCACCAUGAGACCAACUCGGCGUACGUGCUCUCGCCCAAGGCACAGAGGAGGCUGGUGGACCAGGCGUGCGGGCCGAGUCAGUCCCGAGAGUGCGCCGCUAGUCCCAGGGGUGCACGGAGGCCUCGCCCCGCCAGCACCUCCACGCCCAUCAACACGCGCAUCGAGCCCUACUACAGUAUAUACAACAGCAGUCCUUCUGCCGGACCUAGCUCGCCCACCAGCCUCCAGCCUGCCGGGUCGCAGACGUUCGCCUUCGCCAAGUCAUACGUAGCCAUGCACUACCACACUCACCAGGACACCCUGCAGGACUUUGAGAGUACCUCUGUGCAACAGAUUCCUGUCCCUUCUGUCUGAACCCAUCUCGGAUCAGUGUUGUGUUCUGCAGUCAGAGUACUCAAGGCUACAGUUGCAGGUCGAGGUCAAAUUGUCUCAAAUUGUCAAAACUCCCAAAUCUACAGAGAUGGUUUGUGAGCUACUUAUUUCCAAAAAAAUGUCUGAAUUUUGCUUAUGUGCCCACUGCAUGCACCAGUAAUUGACAACCUUAAGUGGACAGCUUGGUGUGGAAGUGCUAUCUCUGAGGUAAAAUGCAACGCUUUUACUUUCAUCAUGGGGGCUAAUUUUUUUUACUUCAUACUCUGGGCUGGGCUGAUUGGGUAGAGGAGAUAAGGCAGCCACUGUUGAGCAUUGCAAAUGUGAUCAUUCCUACAUCUGCUCCUACCAACUAUAUACCAACUUUCUUUAAAUUCUGAAAAUCUAACAAACACUCAUAUUUGAUUUGACUUUUUUCAUUAAUGUUAUGAAUCCCACAGGUCUGUGUGUCACCCUGUGAUUGACAGUCCAGAUUCCUCACAAACGUAUUUGAUGAGUGGCAUAGAAAAUGGAUGUUAAAAGACAGACUUAUAAUUGAAAGGUUUUUCCACUGAUUAUGAUUUUUUGACUUAGUAAUGUUUCUAUAAAUCUACCUGCUGUGUUGCACAUGCUGCUACAACCUGGGACAGGUGACUGGCCCACUUAGUUUUCGAGGUUCAAUAUGUGAUCACAUGCACACUUUUUGACCCAAUAAAUGUUUG